AUGAAUAUGGCAGGUUUUAAAGAAACACAAAUGAAGGCAAUUGAAACUUUAAAUAGUAUCAAAAAGCCAUCAAGUUCAACAAAUAGUGCAUUCAAAUAUAUACCAAAGAUAUCAGGUGGUGGUGGUAGUAGUUCAGCAAAUAGACAAUCAUCAAUCUAUACAGCUAAUACAUUACGUGAUAAACAGGUUAAAGAGAAACCAAGUAAUAGAAUUGUUUAUGAUAUUGUAAACUAUUUGAAAACAUUAGAAGGUAUACCAGCAGAUACUAAAGAGAUCAUGCAUUCAACCAAUCACAUGAUCGACGAUAAACCUGAAAUUUUGGAACUUUUAAGAAAUAAUGAAAAAAUCAUUGACCAUGGAAAUGAUCGUUUCUCAUUCAAACCAAAAUUCAAUGUACGUACUCAACGUGAUAUCUUGGAUCUCUUACCAAAUUAUCCAGGUGGUAUAUUAGUAUCAGAAUUGGCAGAAUCAUACAACAAUGCAGAGAGUGAUGUAAAGAAACUCAAAGAGACAAAACAAAUCUUUGCAAUUAAAGCAGCAGAGAGUGCUUGUGAUAUCAUCUUUCCAAAUGAUGAACGUCUUCGUGUUCCAUUAUCCUCAGAGUUGGUAGACAUGUGGAAAUCAAUUAAAUUACCAAAUGAAGCUGAUUUAGAAAAAGAAAUGAAAGAUGCUGGUUUAUCAGUUGUAGAAUCUGUUGAAUCUGCUCGUCAAACUAAAUCUACUAAACUUAAGAAAGAAAGAAAGAAAAGAAUUACAAAAGUUACAAACACUCAUAUUGAAAACUUUAAUCCAAAUGAUGAUGUACCUCAAUUAGGUUCUAAACCAAUUUAA